AUGGGAAAGGACAUUUUUGGCUUUUCGAAAAUUGUCAUAUACUUGUCGGAUCACCCCUUUAUUUUAUUUUCUAUCUUUUUUCAUAUCUAUCUAUCUAUCUAUCUAUCUACCUACUAUCUAUCUAUCUAUCUAUCUAUCUAUCUAUCUAUACUGGUCCUUUUCAUAUCUAUCUAUCUAUCUAUCUAUCUAUCUAUCUAUCUAUCUAUCUAUCUAUCUAUCUCUGUUCAUAUCUAUCUGUAUACCUUUCAUUCUGUUCAUAUUUAUGUUUCCAUCUCUCUGUCUCUUAAUAUCUAUCUCAUUUUGUUCACAUCUAUCUAUCUAUCUAUCUCAGUCUGUUCAUAUUUAUCUUUCUAUCUAUUUGAGUUUGUUCAUAUCUAUCUAUCUAUCUAUCUAUCUCAGUCUGUUCAUAUUUAUCUUUCUAUCUAUUUGAGUUUGUUCAUAUCUAUCUAUCUAUCUAUCUAUCUAUCUAUCUAUCUAUCUAUCUAUCUCAGUCUGUUCAAAUCUAUCUGUAUACCUUUCAUUCUGUUCAUAUUUAUGUUUCCAUCUCUGUCUCUUCAUAUCUAUCUAAUUUUGUUCACAUCUAUCUAUCUAUCUAUCUAUCUAUCUAUCUAUCUAUCUAUCUAUCUAUCUCAGUCUGUUCAUAUCUAUCUGUAUACCUUUCAUUCUGUUCAUAUUUAUGUUUCCAUCUCUCUGUCUCUUCAUAUCUAUCUCAUUUUGUUCACAUCUAUCUAUCUAUCUAUCUAUCUAUCUAUCUAUCUAUCUAUCUAUCUAUCUCAGUCUGUUCAUAUUUAUCUUUCUAUCUAUUUGAGUUUGUUCAUAUCUAUCUAUCUAUCUAUCUAUCUAUCUAUCUAUCUAUCUAUCUAUCUAUCUAUCUAUCUAUCUCAGUCUGUUCAUAUUUAUCUUUCUAUCUAUUUGAGUUUGUUCAUAUCUAUCUAUCUAUCUAUCUAUCUCAGUCUGUUCAUAUCUAUCUGUAUACCCUUCAUUCUGUUCGUAUUUAUGUUUCCAUCUCUGUCUCUUCAUAUCUAUCUCAUUUUGUUCACAUCUAUCUAUCUAUCUAUCUAUCUAUCUAUCUAUCUAUCUAUCUAUCUAUCUAUCUAUCUCACUCUGUUUCAAUUUAUCGCUGCUUUCUUUCUCUUUGUCACGAUCUUUCUUUACACACUUUUUAAAAUAUCUCUCUUACUUUUUCUUGCUCUCUCUCCUUCUCCACAGCUCUUUCACUAUCUUUCUGUCAUACUAAACUGCUCUCUCUCACCAUUUCCUUCACAAACUUUCUUACUCUCUUUUUAUUUCAUUUUCAUAUACUCAUUCAAUCAGUUUCUUUGUUCCAUAUUUAACUCAGUCUAUUCAUUAUCUAUCUAUCUAUCUAUCUAUCUAUCUAUCUAUCUAUCUAUCUAUCUAUCUAUCUAUCCCAGUCUGUUCAUAUCUAUCCAAAUAGAAAGACAUCAGGAAACACCUUCUAUUUUUAUCUAUCCAUAUAUGUCUAUUCAUUAUCUAUCAAUCUAUUUAUUCAUCUAUCAGUCUCAAUUUAUUCAUUAUCUAUAUGUCUAUUCAUUAUGUAUUUCUACUCAUUAUCUAUCUAUCUAUCUAUCUAUCUAUCUAUCUAUCUAUCUAUCUUUAAAAUCUUACUUAUAUAUGCAUGUGUGCGACUUGCUGAAGGAACACGGAGCAAAGGUAAAUGAAGUUGAUAAUGACGGACGACAUCCUUUGAUCCUUGCUGCCCAAGAAGGACAUGUUGCUGUUGUGUCAACACUUUUGGAUCACAAGGCAACACUUGAUCACAAAUCUCAUGAUGGUAAAACAGCAUUCCGUGUGGCCUGUUUAGAGGGGCAUAAAGACAUAGCCCACCUAUUUCUAUGUCAGGGGGCAGACAUCAACUACAAAGAUGCAGAUGGAAGAUCAACACUUUAUGUCCUCGCACUUGAAAACCGUAUUGAGUUGGCAUCAUUUCUUUUGGACAAUGGCGCUGAUGUUGAAAGUGUGGACCUGGAAGGACGCAGUGCUCUCCAUGUUGCUGCUUGGCAGGGUCAUUAUGAAAUGGUACAGUUACUUUUGAAUCAUGGUGCCAAUGCUAAUGCUGUUGAUAAUGAUCAGAGGACAGCAUUACAGUCAGCAGCCUGGCAAGGACAUUCCGCUGUAGUUGAAUUAUUGCUGCAUCGGCGUGCUAAUGUUGAUCAUACCUGUAAUCAAGGGGCUACUGCAUUGUGCAUCGCCUCACAGGAGGGACAUGAAAAUGUUGUUAAAAUUCUCUUACAGUAUGGCGCCAAUGCAAACCAUGCUGACCAAUUUGGGCGUACACCAAUCAGAGUAGCACUGAAAAGCGGUCAUGUGAGUGUAUGUAAGAUCCUGGAAGACUAUGGAGCUGUGCCUGCGAAUGGAAUGAAAUCGCAGAGCAGCUCUUCAAAUUCCAGCAACGACACAAGACAUUCGUGUGAUGCCAGUGGUGCUUCCCUGAUUGGUGCAAAUGGCAAUCUUCUAGGUAGUUCACCAUCCGACUCUUCAGAGUUCACCUUUGACCGGAGAAAAUCCUACCACUCAAAUAAUUCUGUUUCUUCAAAGUCUCUGUCAAAUGUAACAACAUCCACCAACCAGAGUGUUCAGUUUACCAUUAAAGAAAGAAACACCUCUCUGAUUAGGUGGCCUCUGUUUCUGAAGAUGACUGUAUGUGUUGAAGCAAUUCUGAACAGAAGAUCUUAG